AUGAAGCUCCAUAUUCUUGUUCCUUUCCUUCUCACCACUCUCGUGACUGCUGUUGCUCCCUCUGGUGAGGUCAACAAUAGAGUCGUCGAUGUUGACACUGAGCCUUCUUCUGAAAUCCACACUGUGACACAACUGACUUUCAAAGAUGCUGCCACUCCUAGCAACGAAGCUUACAAUGGUGUCACUGCUGAUGCUGAUGUGAUCCACACUCUCAAUCUCGCUGCUCGUGAUGUGCUUGAUACCGCUACUCGCUGCACUGCCGUUCAUGCCUUACUCCUCCCAUGGCUGCUAUGCUUGCUGCUCGCGAUGAGCUUGCUUCUGCUACUCCUUGCACUGCCGUUCGUGAGUGUCAUGAUCGCGAGGUGUGUGAGCGCGGUAGAUGCCUCACUCCUCCCAUGGCUGCUAUGCUUGCCGAUCGUGAUGAGCCUCGUCGUUGCAACAACAUCAACCUCUGGUGUCCUCCCAACCAGUUCUGCUACCGCAGUGUCUGCGUCUCCCUUGGCAAACUCGCUGCUCGUGCUAAUGAUGCGGAGCUUCAGGAAGAGCUUGCUAUCAGUCACUGCAACAACGACAAAGAUUGUGGUGCCCAUUGGAUUUGCGCUGAUAGGCGUUGCGUUGCUCCUGUUGCGUCUCGUGCUCAGCACCUGCAAGACCCUUGUCGGGAUCACAGCGAUUGCGGACUUGGCUGGAUCUGCGGUAAAGACCAUCACUGCCACCACUAGGUUGCUCACCACUGCUGAAGAGCCUCGCGGCGGUGUGAACGUUGACAACCCUCUCGGGCGUGCCUUGCGUGCUCAGUGGAUGGGGCCUUCGAGUUAA